GAAGGAGAAGAAUGCCAACAGAUAAAAAGUCAGGUACCUCUAGACAUAGGUUCCCUCUCCAUUGAUGAAGAUCUUGAACAGUUACACAGUGCUGGGGAGGAUGGUGACUCAGAUGAGGAGAAAGUAGAACAGGAACUAAAUGAACAAGAGGAAGAGGAAGAGGAAGAGUAUGUAUAUGAAGAAUUUUGUGAAGAUGAUGAAAGAAUAGAUUUGGAAAACGACAACGGGGAUGAAGAAGAUGAUGACCAGCCAGAAGAAAUCAAUGAAGAUACUGUUAAUGCAGAAGAAGGAGCUGGUGGUGAAGAUGAUGAUGAUGAUGAUGGAGGAUGGAUUACUCUCUCCAAUGUCAAAAAACAUAAGAUGAAGAAAAUUGGAUUGAAGCCUGAGGAUGAAAUAGAAGAGAAGGAAGUCCCUGUUGCUUGCAUGACAGCUGACUUUGCCAUGCAGAAUGUCCUGAAGCACAUAGGCUUAAGAGUGAUGGGAGUUGAUGGUAAACUGAUUCAGCAGGUCAGGACCUUCAUUUUGCGAUGUCAUGCAUGCUUCAAAACAACAAGCAUCAUGAAUAGAACAUUUUGCCAGAAGUGUGGUAAUAAAACUCUAAAGAAAGUAUCGGUGACUUUGAACCCCGAUGGCACAAAGAAGAUUUGGGUCAACACCAAGAGACCAAUCAAUAUUAAAGGAACGAAGUUCUCCCUACCCAUGCCAAAAGGAGGCAAACAUACAAGAUACCCUAUACUAGCUGCUGAUCAGAAAGAAGCAAAGAAACAUGCAAGUAAACUUAGUUAUAAGAAGAUCAACCCACUCCAUGUUGAUUUUGAUACUUGUGAGUAUGAUUUCUCAUUCUUUCAAUUACUGUUGAAAACUAUAAUAUUUAUACAGGUUUCUUAA